AUGUCAAGCCGUGGGGAGUGUGCUCUUGGGAGACAGGAGGCGAGGGAUCCAUGCUCUAGUGAGGACCUUAAUGGCGGUGGAAGAGCUGGGGGGACCAGUGUGUUGCCGUGUGGGGGGACGGAGGGGGUUAUGGGUACUGUGGCGGGAUGCAAUGUUGCUGGUGGCACGGCACAGCAAUCGGGUACUGUGGCACGAUCCGUUGAUGGAGGGGAUCACAACCACAUUCUAUUCCAAUUAAAGGCAGCGGUUAUGCAGGUUCUUCUAUGGAAUUGCCGUGGCGCGGGGAAGCCUUCUUUUGCCCCGGCAUUUCGGAGGGUUGUGCAGCAGCACAAUCCGGACAUUUGUGUAAUUUUGGAGACCCGGUUGUCGGGACAGAGCUUACAGAAAGCUAGGAGAGCGGUUCCGAGGUCAUGGGGAUUCUACUCAGUGGAGUCUCAAGGGCUAUCAGGUGGUAUUAUUGUUACAUGGGCGCAGGGGCCAUGUAAGGUGGAUAUUUUCCAUGUCUGUUCCCAGGAGGUGAUUAUGGUAAUUUCGGAGGGUUGUAUGAGGCCGUGGGUAUUUGCCGCGGUGUAUGCUAGUACUGAUUUCAGGGUGCGACGUAUACUGUGGGAGGAGAUUUCUCAGCUGAUCAGGGUGGGCUACCCCAUGUUAGUUGCAGGUGAUUUUAACUGUAUUACAGAUCCUUCUGAGAAGAUGGGGGGUAGACAGUUUACUUUUGAGAGGAAGAUUACGGAGUUUCAGGAUUUUCUGACAUCGACUGGUUUGAUAGACCUGGGAUUCGUGGGCCCUAGGUAUACUUGGUGCAAUAAUCAGCAGGGUCGGGCUAGAGUGUGGGAGCGACUCGAUAGAGCUUAUGGGACCGCUGGAUGGGUUCAGUGCUACCCGGAUCACCGGGUGAGUCAUUUACCGAGGAUAGCGUCUGAUCAUUGUCCUCUUCUGAUUAGCACAGAUGUACACAUUCCAGUUCGACCCCCAUUCAGAUUUGAGAAGAUGUGGCUAUGCUAUCCGCGGUCGUGGGGGAUGGUGAGGGAGGCCUGGAGGACACCAGUCAGGGGGGACGCGAUGUACCGGGUGUCCCGGAGAUUGGAGUUGACGAGGAGGCGGUUGAGGAGAUGGAAUCGCGAGGAGGUUGGAGAUAUCUUUAGGAGGAUCGAGGAGUCAGAGGAGGCUAUUGCCAGAUUACAGAAAUCGAGGGUCCAGUGGAUUUUGGAGGGGGAUAGAAAUACCAGAUUUUUCCACCAGGCGACAGUUAUUAGAAGGCAUCAGAACAGGGUCAGAGCUAUCAGGGGUGAGGAUGGGCAGUUGACAGAGGAUCCGGAUAUGAUUCAGAGGAUCAUGGUCAGUUUCUUCAGGGCCAGAUGGACCGAGCAGACUACAGGAGGGAGUACUGUGGGCAUACCACCGCCGUCGACAGGGGUAUCUGAGGAUGAGACUGGUGCAUUGAUCAGACCGGUGUCGGAGAGGGAGAUCAGAGAGACGAUGUGGUCCCUUGAGGGGGACAAGGCCCCGGGGCCGGAUGGGUUCCCACCGCUGUUCUUCCAGAGAUAUUGGAUGAUUGUAGGACGAGAUGUGACGGCGGCCAUUCAGCAGUUUUUCGACACGGCAGUGAUGGCGGCAGAUUGGCAGCAGACUUUUAUUACCUUGAUUCCGAAGCGGCAGGACGCUACGGAGCCGAGUCAUUACCGGCCGAUUAGUCUUUGUACGACUUUGUACAAAGCUACGGCUAAGAUCAUUGCCGCCAGGUUGAGAGUUGUUCUUCCUAGACUCAUUGGUCCGGAGCAGGGGGCUUUCCUGGAGGGGCGGAGCAUAUCUGAUAAUGUGCUUAUUGCCCAGGAGUUUAUGUUUGAUCUCGGUAGGGCCCCGGUGAGGGGAAGUUUGAUGGGGAUCAAACUUGAUAUGGAGCGGGCAUAUGAUAGGAUGAGAUGGGAUUUCCUGGAGCAGUCUUUGCAGGGGUUUGGCUUUCAUGAGAGGUGGAUUAGAUGGGUUAUGGGAUGCAUUCGGAUCCCUUCUUUUGCCAUUCUGGUGAAUGGUACGCCGUCCCGGUACUUUGUGUCAUCUGGAGGGUUGCGCCAGGGAUGCCCCCUUUCCCCGCUAUUGUUUAUUAUCUGUGCAGAUGCCUUGUCUAGAUCCCUACGCCAGGCAGUGGAUUCUCAGGAGUUGGAGGCUUAUAGGCCGGCGAUUGGGGCCCCUGCGAUAUCUCACUUGCUAUUCGCCGAUGAUUGUUUGCUUCUUGCCAGGUCGACGCGUCAGACGACACGGGUUAUAGGUCAGAUUCUUCAGGUCUACUGUGCAGCAUCAGGACAGAGGGUCAAUUUGACCAAGUCAGCUAUCAUUUUCAGCCCGAAGAUCAGACUGGCUAUGAAGCAUGUGAUAUUGGAGACUUUGGGGGUCGGUGAGCAGGUGGGCUUGAUGACGUAUUUGGGUAUUCCAUUGUCUGUUCGGCGGUUGCGGAGCGGGGAUUGUAUGCCUUGUGAGCUUGGUAUUAGACGCAGAUUAGCGGGAUGGCGGAUGCACACUCUAUCUAUGGCAGGGAGGAUCACCUUGGUGCGUUCGGUUCUUUCAUCAGUCCCCAUCUAUCUGCUUACCAAUGCCAUUGUCCCGAUGAGAUUCCUGCGAUCCCUGGAGCGGUUGUUCAGGGACUUUAUAUGGGGGAGGAGUAGCGGCCGAGGUGGUGUUCACUUGAUGUCGUGGGAGGUGGUAUGCCAGCCUACCAGCUGUGGUGGUUUGGGGGUUCCAGCCUUGGCAGCGAGGCGUGAGGUUCUAGCAGCCAGACAUGCGGCUAGAUUUGUGCUUGAGCCCGAGUGUCUAUGGUCCUCGUUGAUGAGGGCUAAGUAUGGCGCCUUGGUAUCGGGUGUGCGUGUGGGACGGCGUCAUUCCCCGAUGUGGAGGGAGAUGUGUGCCAGAGCCACGAUGGUGCUUCCGGAGAUUGGAUGGGCUAUUGGCGAUGGUCAGUCUAUCGAUGUGAUGGAGGAUAGGUGGUUGUUUGCGGAGCCGCUAUGCAGUAUGCCGACCAUGGUGGACUCGACGAGAUUAGCAGGGUGGAGAGUCAGUGACUUAUUGGAUGCUGAGGGAGGGUGUUGGAGAGAGGAGUUGGUUCGGGAGGUCUUUGGGGAGCAGUUGGCAGAGUUGGUCCUAGCCCGAGCGACCCCGGGGGGGGGGGGGGAGGCGGAUAGGCUAGUAUGGAUACCGACGGGACGAUCUCGGGUGCGAGCUAGGGAUCUUCAUGCAGUGUUCAGUAGGGAGCCAGUGCGACAGAUGGAGGGGCGGUGGAUAUGGAGGAUGCGGAUUCACCCGCGUGUGGCACUAUUCAUAUGGAAGGUGGCGCGGGGCUGCCUUCCGACUAGGAGUGUGUUAGUGCGGCGUGGUAUGAGGAUUUCUCAGUAUUGUGAGAUAUGUGCAGAUAUCGAGGAGACUAUGGAGCAUGUUCUGCUGCAGUGCCCUAGGGCUCGAGACAUAUGGAGGAGUUCAUCGGUACUGUUACCGGCCUCGGUGGUGCUGGCGCAGGAUCUGAUCCAUUUGCUGAGAGAUUCCGUGCGGCGGCCCAGAUCUCUUGAGGUAGGGAUUUUUGUGGCGUACCUGUCCUACCAGAUAUGGUUGGACAGGAAUACCGGUAUAUUUGAGGGUAGGAGGGCGCCUCCGAGGAUGGUGGUAGAUCGGGCGAUGGCGCUUGCGAGGGAGGUUAUUGGGGCGACUUCGGUAGUCACCUCUGGGCAGGUCAGGGACAUCUGGGGUGCUCAUCACGCUGUUUCAGCGCCAUGGUUUGCCUUUGUUUCUUGGGCACCCCCACUCCCUGGCUAUCUCAAGGUGAAUUUUGAUGGUAGCAGGUCGGCAGAUGGUUUGUAUGGAGGGGUUGGAUUUGUCAUCAGGGACCAUCGUGGUAGGCUGAUCGCAGCAGGUGGACGGCGCACGCCUGGAUUUACAGUGGUGGGUGCAGAGUUGCAGGCGGCUUGGGAGGGUAUUUCCUAUGCGAGGCAGAUAUCCGGGGCCGAGCGGGUGUACCUCGAGGGUGAUUCAGCGGUGGUGAUUGAUUUGAUUCGGGGUGUGGAUCGGUUUGGGGAUGGCCAUCCCCUCAUCCGAGAGUCCCGUAGGGUGGCUCAGAUGAUGGUUGACUUCCAUGCAGCACAUGUGUUUAGGGAGGCGAACCGGGCAGCAGACUGGGUCGCCUCCUUUGUCGCUCGGCACUCAGGUGUCUUUUUGUGGACGUCUGAUGCAGACGUCCCUUCACAGUUGUAUUUUUUGCUUUCCCGUGAUUUGGAGGGCUGUACUCACGUCCGAUCUAUAUGA